GUAGGUAGAUGUAGGUCAAAGAAAAAAUGGCUUAGCACUCGUAGCUCGUAUGUAUCGUGGCAAGAAAAUAUUUUAAAUGGCCUUCAGUGAUUUAUGUCACAUAAGUAACGCGUUUAAAACCGUCGAAAAUGAAACCGAUCAGUCCGACAGAAUUAUGGAAGAAAACUCAAUGGUCCGGGAUCUCAUCACAAAGAUUCUUGAUGAGCCUGGGCCAACAGAAGGGAACUGCUCUCUACAAACAUCGGAAAAAGCUAUGAGCGACCUACAAAACAGUAUAAACAAUUAUCCCAAUGUUGACACAGGAAGUUCAUUUGUAUUUCCCCCAACAUACAAUACGUAUCCAAAUAAUUUGUAUAAUUUGAACCAAAAUGAGCAGAACAACUUCAGCUUUAUGCAGAAUGGCUUUAAUCCAAACGCAUUUGUCAAUUAUCAGGACAAUGAUGUCAAUACACUUGUUGGCAUUGAACCAGUUACAGAUGAAACAGUCACACCAGAACAGUUGAAUUUGCUACGAUUGGCUGCUCAAGAAAUUGGCGGUGCUCAAUUCGCAAUUCCAAAUAAGUAUGAUGAGAAAUACUAUAAUUUCUUCGAACCAAGCCAAAGAAAUUCCCUUCCAGAAACAAAUAUGUUCCCACAAAAUUUUAACAGGCCUAAUAGCAUGAACUUAGACAUGAACUAUAAUGCCAAUUAUGACUUUAACAACACCCAAAGAUAUCCAAAUAAGUUUGAAAAUGGGUUUGUAAAAGAGAAUGAAACCACGUUACUGAGUUAUUUGAACAACUUAAACUUAUCCAAUGAUCGUAGAGAUGAGAGCCUAAUACAAAAUAACGAUUUUAAAAUGCCAUUGGAUAUGAACAGUCAUUAUCAAAAUGAUGAAUUUAAAUUCCAAGAGAAACAGUUCUAUAACAGGAACUUUCAGCAACCAAAUAAUUUUCAUGGAGAUAUUAAUUUCUUUAUCCAUGAUGUAAUGCCACAGAUGCCUGAUAGAAAUAAUAUGGGGCAGAAUUUCGACUAUCCAAACCAGUCAGUGCCUCAGAAUUCGGUGAACUUUAAGCCAAAUGGAUACAAUCAUCCAAAUGAAUUUAUGCAAAGGCGUGAUAUGACUCCAAUUCUUUCUCGUGAAGGUUUUCAAAAUGGUUCGGAUCAGAGACCCAAUUAUGAUAACACCAUGAAUAGGGAUGGCCAACAAGCUUUGCUGCGUCAACAAGAGAUAGCUAAACAGAUGAAUUUAUUGAUGAGGACUCGGCCUCCACCAAAUCCACUGAACAUUGAUGUGUCUUUUAUGCAUGAAAAUACUCCAUAUCUUGGUCUCGGGGCAAUGAUAAGACGGAGUCCCUCUGUACCCACACCCGUACUGCCCUCGCCCUUGGUAGAUUCACCCGUACUGGCACCAUUCUACACUAUGAGAGGCUUGAGAAAUUCAAUUACAUCAUCAAGCAUUCUGCACGCCCGUUUGGAUGCUUGCUACGAACAGUGGAAGCAGCUUGAGAGGGAACGGAAGAGGACUGAGGCUCGACUGGCACUGGCUUACCCCGGGAGGGCUGUGUCGUCUUCUAACUCUAUUCCUGUGCCAAGGCUGCCACCAUGCCCCACCAGGGUCGAUAGACUCACUGUUGAUAUGCUCCGAGAACAUACAAAGGUGUUGACACUGAUGGGUAAAAUGGAAACGCUGCGCGCGAGCGUUUGUGUCGCUCAGAACAAGAGACCGAACAAACCUGAUGACGGCAAGAUCACAGUGCUGAAGCGUCACGUGGAAGACAAGGGCCUGGAUCCGGCCACCUUCGACCCUACCUCGUGGAAAGAGGAUAUCAAGCACUUGUCAGAGAUUGCACCACAUACAGAGAUAGAGGGCGCUAUGUUGGCGUGGCGUAAUGCAGUGGCGAGUGUUCAGGCCGCUAGGAGACGGGAACUUACACCGGCACAGCAUCGAUAUCCGCACACUGACCCGAUUCUACAACUAGCGGAUGCUGUUAAGCAGCUGUGCGUGUGUGCUCGCCGGGCACGGGCCGCCAUGUGGUGUGACCUGACACUCACAGUAGCGCUGGCUCCUCACAACCACACCGCGCCGGGUGAAUCGCCGCAGAAUUCGGGCCAACAAACACCCAGACAUCACCACGAGCCGCCCGUCAACGGAAACAAACCGGACGCUAAAGAUGAGAAGCUGAACGAAACAAAACCAGAAGAGAAGAUGAAUAAACAGACAGAUAAGGACAAGAAUCGUCGUGCGCACAACUACAGGCACAAGAAUAACACGCACAACCGAAACGAUUUGUACAAGAACAGGUUUGUGAGGCACCCCUACUACAUUGCCACCGGGUCUAUACACUAGAUUGGUUUGAACAGAAAACUGACUACGAAGGAAUUAACCGCGGCUUAUUUUUAAUUUAUCAAUAGUCUCUGAGUGUCAUUUGCAGAGCGAUAUUAUUGGAAUUGUAUCGCAUUACGCUACGCCCUUGUUGAUUUCUGCUGCGAUACGACUUUGUUCAUAAUAUGUGUGUGACGAUAAUGUCGGUCAAAAUCUCGUUCUGCAAUUAAAAAAAUAGAUUUUUCCACUUUAAUAAGAAAUUCUAAGAUAUUUUUGAUGACAAUAUUCUAUAAAUUCAAUAAAAACCUUUCUUUUCAAGUAUUUUGACUUAGUAAUAAUUGGUUUUAUGGCAAAUUCGCUUAAAUAUUCUUGUUAGUUCACUGUCAGUUUUCUAUUAAAAUUAACUUUGGUAAAUGACAAAAUUGAACCAAAAAUGACGAAUUAUAUUAUUAUCUCUAAUGAAUUUUAUGUAUCCAUGUGAAGCGGAUUCAAUCGUUUUAAUGUCGCUCAAUAUUAUAUUUAACCUACAUGUUAUACUUAUUUAAAAAUUUAACUAGAGUACGGUCGUGGAGCAGUAAGAUUUUCGGAAAAUGACCUUAUUGAUUAAGUCAUUUGUUUUUUUUUUACGUGAGAUCAAAUGGGAGAGGAUUGUUGUUAGUAAGAGAGAUUUGUUAUCUUCUGUUUUUAUCGUACUAUCUACUAUCCCGGAUUCAUUCCUUUCAUAUUUAUAUUCUUAAUAAAAGCUAAUUUAUAAUCUAUCGUCGGGUAUAAAACGUGACACCUUAAUGGCGACAUUAAAUGAACACACGGGUAGCACUAACCUUAAUUGUAAAAAAAAAAAUUAAAAUUAAAAGUAAAAAAAUUAAAAUUUGAACUUUUCAAACAAACAAAUUAUAUAUUUAGGGAACAAAAUUAUAAUAAUCCUAACGUGUUCGCAUAAGAAAGGCACGAAGUAGGUGCUGUGAAGUAGCCUACGCUAGCGCACGGCUACUAGAUUUCUUACAGGUUGUUACAAAAUGAUAUUAUGGGAAAUUGAUUUAUUUAGGUGAAUUAUGUAUUUUUUUUGAAUAUUAUUUUAUGAUUACGGUUAAGUAGUUCUACGUUACGUUCAACUGCGUAUUUAUUUAAUGUCGCCAUUAUAGCGCACGCUGUAUAAAAGAGGCCUCUAAAUUUUCAUGUCAUUAACAGACAUCUUUAAGCUCAUUAUUAAUAUUCUGUAACCGUUGCCCGCCACUGUGAGACAUCAUCUCGUUCUCUCAUCAUGAUAACUGUACACAAACGACCAAGACAGGGAGCAUCAACAGGUCAAUGACCGAUAUUCUCUCUACUUACCGACCAUACUCUAAUUAGUUUAUACUUUAUUAUAUUAUUUUAAGUAUUGACACAAUUAUUACGGUAUUGAACACGUAAAUAACUCCAGAAGUAUUGAGGAUGUGUGUAACAAUUUUUUUCGUCUAUUUAAUUUUAUUGACAGCUAUGAAAUUUGCAAUGUGUAAAUUACAGUGUGGCAUUUAAAUUAUUUAUAGAAAAGUACGUGUAAAAAGAUAUUUUCAUUAUGUAUAAUGGAAUUACCUUUAUGAAGUGUUCACGUGUGUUGUUGUUUUUUUUUUAUUUUUUUUCUUGCUUUAGCGAAAGUACGUAUGUUAUACUACCACCUUAAUAUUUUUAUUUAUUUAGAUAAAUUUUGAAACAGUGUGUUUUAUCUGUUACACUGUACUGUACACAUUAUUAAUUAUUGUUAUAGUACAUAUUAUUUGAUAAAUAUACUCGAAAGUAAUAUUAAAAUUAUUUUAUGAUGUGACGAUAAAAUAGUCUUCAUAUUAUUAUAUUGUCGAUAUUUUAUUUCUGAAUGUUGAGGACUAUGUAUUGUAAUACUAAUAUUGUUAGAAAUUAUGAAAUUGCGUGACUGAAAAUCUAUCGCUAUCGAAUACAUAACUCGUGCCAUUACGAUCUUUAAGGCUUCAAAAUGAUAGCCCUCAAUUCGAUAUUUUAAGAUUUCGAUCGAUUUCCAAGCCUAAGAGGGCUUUGCUGCUAGUUCUAGUCAAAAGUGUGUCACGUACGUCAUACACUUCUCUCAGAUUGACGUUUUUGUAAUAUCUUCAAUUUACCUGACAUUGACGUGUUGGUGACAUAAUAGAUGUCAACUUGACUUAUGGAUUAUGACUUCUUGGCCUAGAUAUUUCAAAUUACUCUUUAUUAAAAAGGUAAUUUGGUAAAAGUCUGCGAAGGUAUCCUGACAAGUAGUAAUUCCAUCUAAAAGACACAACUUGUUGCUCAGUCGUAGCGAAACACGAGGAAAAUUUGCCAUAUCUUCGUCUGUAAUUGUUGUAAUUGUUAGAGAGCUUGGGUAACCAUGCAAGUAGGUGCUUGUUUGUUCUCCUUAUUAGUUAGUCCUUUCUACUCAGACGAACUAAAAGGCGGUUCUUUAGGUGAAUGCUUUGUUUCAUUUCCUUAUUCCUAUUAUUUAAUAUUUUCACAAAUUAAUAUAUUGUUACUUUGAUUAUGUAAAUAUAGAACGUAUUUUCUGCGAAUUUCCGCCACGUAUUUCGCUUCUACUUGAUCAUAAAGUACUCCUUCACAGCUUUGAAUGUUAGGCCUUUACCCUAUGUAUGUAUUCAACAAAAAUAUUUUUUUACCCUGUAGUAGUAUUCUUAGGUACACUUCGAACCGAUAUCGCAUCGGACGCCCUAAUCGCGCUAAGCUAAAAUUUGAAUUUGCUAGACAAAUUAUUUUUAUAAGCAUUGUUUAUUCGUUAAUUUAAUGGAAUUGAGUGAUUAUUGUCAAAUUUAUCUGGCGUAACAAUAUACCUGCUCCGAUACGUAGAGACUAGCUCUAUAUCUGUUCUCAAGCGAUUAACAAAAAUUAUGGUGAUUGUCGGAAAACUCGCCUCUGAAAGGCUUUUAGUAAAUAAGUGCUAUUUGGUGCACAAGUAUUUAUCCGCCAGCUAAUGCGGUACUAAAACCAAAAUAUUAGUUAUCUGUUAAGUUCUUAUUAGCUUUAAGUGAAGAUGUUUAAAAAUAUAUUAUUAUUCUCCAUUCGUUUUGGUGAAGCAUAUUUUAUUAACACUAAUCAAUUUGACAAACGAAUAGUUAUUCGUCAAAUGAAUUUAUCCUUAGUUGUAAUAUUUACUUUAUUUAUUAUUAUUUUCAUUAUAUUUAUUAAUAUUAGUGCUUUUUGCCGUAUUGAAAUGCAUGCAUUUUACAACACUACGCUGUUGCUUAAAUUAUUUUAUCUGCCCAAUAUAGAUUUGAGUGCUGAAAUUUUUAAUGUAUUCUACAUUGGCAACGCAAUAUGCCAAUUUAGACAAAGGAGCUUGUUAAAAGCGCUAUGUCCAAAUUUUAUGUAAUAUUGGUAAAUAUAAUUCUAAAUAUAUAGUCUAUUAUACUUAGAACCACUGGCCUAAAAGUUUUUAUUAUAUAAGGCAUAUGUGGUAUAUAUGUUACUGAGUUUUAAAGCCGUAGAACUUGACGUUACUUAAUUUUUGACUGCCUUUUUUUACACUGCAAAUAUUAGCUAUCAAUUUGGGCCUUCAAACAUCCGGCUUGAAGGACCAAAAUAGUUUUACCUAGUUGUGUUCUUUUUUCUAAUUUUAUUAUUUAAAAUAUUAUAAGAUUUUUUUGAGUAAUAUUAUAAUUCUAUUGAUACGAGCUAGUAAAGAGAUUUAUCUGUUUUCAAGCAUCUGAACGUGCUUACGUUUUUACACAUUAUAUCUUUCAGGAAUAUAGUCUGGCUACACAUAAGAAAAGCCCCUAGUACGUGGUAGAUACUUGCAAACUACAGAAUUCUUUAGGGUAUAAGCGUCGGUAAUUAUUAACUGUGAUUUUAACCCAUGAAAACCAUCAACAACAUCACU